UUUCGACUAUAACAUGUCCAAGCUUCGACACAACUCCUUCAUAAAGGGCCGACCCGCCCCCAAAAUAAUAAAUCGUCCUCUUCCCCGGACAGCUCUCUCCAUACCCAUAUCCAUAUCCAUAGACUGCUCCCAAUAUAGCAGUUCUUCUUAAUCUACUCCGAGCUCUCCUCCGCCUACAAAGACCUGACCUCAUCCCCGAAAUGAACGCUUCACACCCGAAGUUCUUCCCUGGUACUUUCAACGACCCCUCCAUGUCUUUCUUUCCGCCCGUCAUUUACGACAAAGGUGUUCUCAAUACUCCGAUGGUCUUUUCUCCGUCAUACGGGAUGCAGUCUGAGCAACAGCUGUAUAAGAAUCACUACUAUCAGGGUGACCCCUACCCACAAGUUCAACAGCCGUCAUUUGAUUUGCCUUCAAAGUAUUCCAAUUCUUCCUCUCUUUCAAGGGAAUGGCAAUCGUGGUCUCCUUCAACUUCGCUUGCGGAUCCUCAUCCCUCUUCCUCUCAAAGCUCUCAGCCACCUUCAGAGUGCUCGUCUCAUGGGGUUUCAUCCCAUAGUGGCUCAAAACUUUCCCUACUCUCCUGGCCGGUGGAGUGUUUUGUCACUCCAGACCCCUCUUUGGCCAGUAACGACAAUGAGAUUCUCUCCGGUGCUUUCUCCUUAUUCUCCUCAACGGGUACACCAGAUCUCCACCAUUCCACGACGUCAAGCAUCGAAGACGGUCCCAACGUUUUUGACAUUCAGUUUGGGCAGUCGCUGCAAGCCAGCACUGGCGCCAUUUAUGGACAUCCAGGAGACAGCCCAGAUAGUUCCUCAAACUCAGCACCACCUUCUCCUGUGUCACGGGAGACAAUGGGACGACGAAGACAGACGCAACCUCCGCCCUCCUCGCCGUCGUCCGAUACUACACCCCCGUUUAGUGCUGACUAUCGACGUCGCUUCCCCUGUCUCCUCCCAGGGUGCGAGCGCCGUUUCACUAGCCGAUACACACUCAAGGUUCAUAUGGAAGCCCAUAAACCCAAGCCAAAAGUAACCUUUCCUUGUACGCAUGGGUGUUCCGAGCGGUUUUCGAGGCAACACGAUCGCCUGCGGCAUGAAGUUGCCAAGCACGGCAAGGUUUGCGAGUUUUCAUGUGAUGAUUGUGGAAGAUUCUUCUCGACUGGGAAGACGUUAGGGAAUCACAAGUGCCCAGUCGCUGUUGGUGGAACGAGAUGGGUGCAUAGUAAUUGA